AGUUGUUAGGGGUCCACAGAAGUUUCAGCACACACAUGGGCGAAGACUCACUCAAACAAAACCCCUGAGAACUCAUUCCAGGAUGAAGCUGCAAGAGCAAAGAAGUAUUCUUAAUACAAGCAAAUGCUGUCCACUGAUCGACAGAUACAAGAGGAUUCUCCUGCCAACGACUGCAGCUCCUGUGAUGAGAAUCUGGCUCCUUGGAGGGCCGCUGCCGCUCCUGCUGCUCCUCUCUGCCCUGCAGAGACCCUCGGAGAGCUCUGAGGUUGCAAUUAAAAUCAACUUUGACUUGGCACCAGGUUCCUUUGAUGAUCAGUACCAAGGUUGUAGCAAACAGGUCAUGGAGAAACUAAAUCAAGAAGAUUAUUUCACAAAAGAAGCCCAUAAGAACUACUUCGGGGUGUGGCAGAAAGCUUACUUAACCUGGAUGAACCAACAACAUGCUUUCCCCACGAACUUGACUGCUCCACAUGCUGUGGCUCUCUUGGUUUAUACAUUGAACGGCAAUGUUCGCUCUAACUUUUCUAAAGCCAUGGCCAGUGACGCCAAGACUCCACAGCAGUAUGAACAUUCAUUCCAUUUCAAAUAUUUACACUACUAUCUGACCACAGCAAUCCAGCUGCUGAGGAAGGAGAUCACCAUGGAGAAUGACACUCUGUGUUAUGAAGUCCACCAUGAGAUGAAAGAUGUCCAUUUCGAAGCCUACAUAGGUGCCACCAUUCGAUUUGGCCAAUUCUUCUCCACCUCCCUCCUAAAAGAAGAGGGACAGAAGUUUGGGAACCAGACACUAUUUACCAUAUUUACCUGCCUGGGUGCACCUGUACAAGACUUCUCCCUCCAGAAGGAAGUCCUGAUCCCUCCCUAUGAGUUGUUUAAAGUUGUAAAUAUGAGCUACCACCCAAGAGGAAAUUGGUUGCAAUUGCGGUCAACUGGGAACCUGAGCACAUAUAACUGUCAGCUGCUAAAAGCUUCCAACAAGAAGUGCACGCCUGCUGCCAUGGCCAUUGCUGCUCUCUCCCUUUUGACCAGUAUCAUUGUCUCUUUCAUAAGUGGAGUUUAAAGGACUCUUGUGGCUCUUUUUUCUAAUAUUCAAAUGAAAACUUUUUAUUGGCCUUUUGACAAGAAAUGAGAAUUUAUUUGCCAGGAAGGAUGAUCCCAUCAUACUUCUGCUGAAACCAGUGCAUGGUCUCCUCUUUGUUAAUUCUGUUUGGCCUUCCCUAUGCCCCUUAGCCAUAUUCCAAUCAAGGCACCCUGAACACCUUUGCAGAAAUCACUCUGCCCAGCUAUCAGUGAACGCAGAGCUGGCUCAGCCCACUGCCUAUGACUUGGCCUGUAACUCAGGCCUUAGCCAAUCAAUAUAUUUCUUCUCCAUGGACACGGAGAUUUGUGCUGGAAUAGAAAACAACCAGUCAGAGCCCGUGAGAUAUGAUCAGGAUACUUUUUUAAAACUGGGAUUGGAAGUAAAAUGAGAGCCUCUCUUUUGAGUGGAUAUUAAUGAAAACAGGGUAUGAGCUUAGAGCUGCUGGCAGCUAUCCUGCCACCAGGAGGGGCGAUCUCACCUCCCUGAGAAAAGUGCUAAUGCAAUGAAGAAACAGCUGAGAAAUGAAAAGGAACUGAGUCCCAGUGAGAGUGUAUGAGCUUCUAGAUCCAACUGUGCCUGAGCUGAAUACUCCAAGCUUUUCCAUUACAUAA